AUGCCAGCAGAUGGUACAGACUCGCUCAAAACUUCCGGUGCAGUUGGCUCUACGGGCUCAGCCAGCUUCCACUUAUUAGCCAUGUCGCGUGCUGCCACAGUCAUGUGGUUCAAGCCUUUGCCCAAUGCCUGGACGUAUGAGGUGGACUGGACAGUACCGGCCUGUGAUGAUGGUGAGGGCGCAAGACAUGGGGCAGUCAUGUCUCAAAUCAAGUGCAUGUUCUCCGUGCUGUGUUAUCUGCAGCCUUGCUGUCUCAGACUAUCCACUGUACGGACGACAACGUCGACGGAUUGUUACUAUUUGUUCCUCCGCUUAGACGCUGAGUUCACGCGUGAAACAAUCAUGUUCGGCGAGGCUGCCCUCCAAUUACUCAAUGUGUACAUGGCUCCACGCAAGGGAUAUGAGACAGAGAACCAAAACCGACAAAGCCGAAGAAGAGCUUCACACACCUGA